AUGGGUAGAUAUCACGCAAAGAAUGAUUUUUACAAAACUGCGGCAAGGAGGACAGAUGAUGUAGCCGCCAGAAGAACUGAAAACGUAGGGGCUAGAAGUACAAAUAGCUACGGAGUUAGAAGAAGAGAAAACGUAGAAGCAAGGAAUACAGAAAACUAUGAAGAUAGGAAAAGAGAUAACUAUGUAGCUAGAAGAAGAGAUAACUAUGUAGCUAGAAGAAAAGAAAACGAAGCAGCUCGCAGAUCAGAUUACUUCGAAUUUAAUGGUGGUGACAAAAGACUUAAAAGAAAACGAAGCUACGAAAAAAAUAAACAAUCAUCAUAUGAAAGACAAACAAAAAGACGAAAAGAAGAAGAUAUCAAAACAACCAAAAUGAAUGAGGAAGCCAAGAUAAAAAAAAAAGAAACUGACAAGCAACUUGAAGAUGGUGAGAUAGAAGACGAAACUAACUACGACAAUGCCAUAUCUCUAAUUCCAUUAAGAUGUUACUACGAUCUUGAUGUAAGUGAAGAUGGUGAAGUUUUUGAAGAUGAGAUCCUCGACGCGAAACCACUUAAGAAGACAACCAUUGAUGACAUCGUUAACGAAGUUCGAGCUGAAAUUCAAGCGGAAACCGACCAAUUAUUUGAGGGAUUGUUCUAG